AUGACUUGCAGGAGGAGGCCAAGCAGUGAGGAAGCUGCGAGGGUGAGCCCUGGUCUGCAGGGGGACAGUAAAGCUCCUGUGCCUCAGGUGGUGGCUGAGGAGGAGGAUGUUUCGGAAACCUGGGAGCCGGAGCGCUCUGGGAAAGGGAGCCCAGGGUCAGGACCGGAGGCUGAUGGCUCCAGUGGGCGGGGGGCACAGGAGCCAGUCAGCUCCACAGUCUGCGGGGAGCAGGAGGAGGAGGAAGAGGAAGAAGAGGAAGAGGGGAGCUGCUACAGCGAGGAAGGGGAGGAUGGCAGCAACGUGUACUUCUAUUACACCAUUGGAGAGCGCUGGAUAGACUACCUGCAGCGGACAGAGGAUGGCGGUCUCCUCCGUCACGUGCGGCCCAAGAUGAAGCGGAAGUCAGAGAACGGCCUGGAUGGCAGGGCCCUUUCCCCCGGUAAAAAGCUGUGCAAGGGCUCUGAGUACAGCAGGACGCUGGGUCCCUGCAUGCCCAGUCCCACCACCACCUUUGGGGACCUGCGCAAUGCCAAAGCAGGCCAGGCACGGCGCCGCCGCAUCCCCUCGGUUGCCCCUCCUCCGGAGCUGCAGGACUGGCUCCGCACCUUCCAGCGGUGGAGUGGCCCGGAGAAGCUGCUUGCUCUGGAUGAGCUCAUUGAUCGCUGUGAGCCCUCCCAAAUCAAGUACAUGAUGCAGGUCAUUGAACCCCAGUUCCAAAGAGACUUCAUUUCCCUGCUGCCCAAGGAGCUGGCACUCUAUGUACUCUCAUUCCUGGAGCCUCGGGACCUGCUCCGUGCUGCCCAGACCUGUCGCUACUGGAGGGUCUUGGCUGAAGAUAACCUGCUUUGGAGAGAGAAAUGCCGUGAAGAAGGCAUUGAAGAGCCCUUGAACCUGCGGAAGCGGCGCCUGCUGAGCCCUGGGUUCAUGUACAGCCCCUGGAAAUUUGCCUUCAUGCGGCAGCACAAAAUCGACAUGAAUUGGCGCAGCGGGGAGCUUAAAGCCCCCAAG